GACGAUUGACUUGUCGCGUCUGGUAGCUGCCGAAACCUCUCGUUCUUCUCAAAAUAAUCGGGGAAUCUCCAAAUCCAUCCCGCUCUCUGUCUGCGAUUCCAUGGCGACGAUGGGGCACAACAAUCUCAACGCGAAACUAGUGUUGCUCGGGGACAUGGGAGCCGGAAAAUCAAGCCUCGUCUUGCGCUUCGUCAAGGGCCAGUUCCUCGAGUUCCAGGAAUCGACGAUCGGAGCGGCCUUCUUCUCCCAGACGCUUGCGGCGAACGACGCGACGGUGAAGUUCGAGAUCUGGGACACUGCUGGCCAGGAGAGGUACCACAGCUUAGCCCCGAUGUACUACAGAGGCGCUGCUGCUGCUAUCAUCGUUUAUGAUAUCACUAGCACGGAAUCCUUUGUGCGGGCUAAGAAGUGGGUACAAGAACUCCAGAAGCAAGGAAAUCCCAACAUGGUGGUGGCACUUGCUGGGAAUAAAGCUGAUUUGGAAGACAAGAGGAAAGUGACGGCAGAAGAGGCACGCGUAUAUGCUGAGGAAAAUGGUCUAUUUUUCAUGGAGACCUCUGCUAAAACUGCUGCUAACGUCAAUGAUAUAUUCUAUGAAAUAGCCAAGAGGUUGCCCAGAGCUCAGCCUGCUCAGAACCCAGCAGGAAUGGUUCUUGUGGAUAGACCAGCAGAAGGAACCCGGGCUGCCUCAUGCUGUGCCUAAGUGACUCCUUCACAUGGUCUGUAAUCUUCCACCUGAUGAUGUUUCCCUCUAUUUCAAUUAUUAUUGUUGUUUUUUCUUUUUUUGGGGGGUUAUUCCUUCUUGCUUAGCUGUAUGAUUUUGAAGUGUAGCAACCUCCAAAAUAAUUGAUUAAUGAUGUGUAUAAGAAAUGAUUCACAAAUACACGUGGUAAACCCUGAUCUUGUGAAGUUUAA